CCAAAAGUGCCGACAGACCAAUGGCUUAGUACCCACCUGCAUACAUCCUGGAGGAUAUCUGAGGUCAAAUCCUGGCUGCUCGCAAAAUGUCUUCCUUCAUUGUUCACCCCGAUACCCCCUAUACCCCGCCAACGAUAUACCCACCGUCGUCGUCGGAUGUCGCCCAUCACGUUUGCGACGCGCGAAGAGAUCAGCGAUGACGAGCAAGUCCUAGAAGAGGACGCGCACGACAUGCACACGGACGACGCCGAUCCGCUGAUCGACCUCUCAGACCCUCUGUUAUCUGACAAGUAUAAAUACGUCCCCAGGCCUGCCACGGCGGACUCGCCGAACAAGAGUCUCAUCCCCAAGGCAACCUCGGCCUCGACGUCCUCGGACCCGUCGUACUACGUCCUGCUCGUCUUCUCGACCGGUCAGAUCCUCGAAGACCACUACAAACUCGCAUGGUAUCCGACGCAUCCUCAUGAGCUGCUUGAGCUGCAUGCACAUCCAUUCCUUGUCAGCUUGCCACGCGCUCUGGUUGAAGACUAUGUCAGGCCGUACUUAGAGGUUCACGCUUGGGUCCUGCGCCUCCUCGACGACUUCGGCAGUGGUAGCGGCGUGGGGGAGAGGCUGGGUAAGGUCUUGGAGGUGGCGGAUCAGGAGAGGGACAAAAUUGCCAAGAAGCGGAGGCUGAAGGUGUCUCCAUGGCAGGAGCGUUGGGUUAUCGUUCGUGAGGGACACUUCCAAGUCUGCAAAGAACGCAAGGUACGAUAUGCUGUCUUUUAGAUAUAAGCUCUAACAUAGGUUCCUCCAUAGGACUCGACCCUGUUGCACUCGAUACCUUUGUCUUCAAUGGUGUCAUUGCGUGGUGCGGACUACAUCAGAGAAAUUCGCAAGAACUCGAUUGACGCGUCGCGCGUCGGGAUCACUGACAAGCGUAUUAUAUGCGUGAGAUUCCGCUACGAACAGCGUUCCGCGGCAUGGUUCAGGCGGGGAUCACGAGAUGCCACUGCCGGUGAGGAGCCUCGUAAGGUGGUCAGCACGUAUGUGGAAGAAGACGAGACAAUCGCAGAAGACGGCGACACGAUGGUGUUCGCCAUACAGGUGCAUGACGAGACUGGUGAGUCUGCC